AUGUCUCUCUCACAGCAAGAACUGCUUGAAAAGCUUGGGGCCGACCUCCAAAAAGGACUGACAACCGACGAAGCCUCGAAACGUAGAGAAGACGACGGGGCCUUCAAUGUUGUUCAACCACCAAUUGACUGUCCGGCGUGGCUCUGUAUCGUAUUGCCUUGCAUCAAACAUGUCCCAAGCAUGAAAGCAUUCGCUGUAUUGAAGCCAGAUGAUGCCGAAAUCAAGAGAAAUGGAAAAUGGGUUCGGUAUGAGGCUUCCAGCCUUGUAAGAGGCGAUGUCAUUCGUUUGGAAGAAGGGGAUUCGGUUCCAGGCGACUGCGUCACUAUGCAGGUAUCUGGAAGUGAGGAUCUGCUGGUAGAUUUGAGAAGUGUUACCGGUGAAGAGCGGCUGAAGACGGUUGCAACUGGGAGCGACAGCAUGACUAGUCUAUAUUACGGCGGAAAGGUGGUGCAAGGGAGUGCUAUCGCAGUCAUCACUGCAAUUGGUCCCAAUACGCUGCUUGCACAACUAAUCCGCGAGAAACGCUUCCCUCCAAAGGAGCCUAUUUUGGAAGCACAGGACGAAACCCGUUUCAACUCUAUUGUGUAA